AGCUAAGGGUCGGUUCAUGAAUGCUGACGAGGCAGAGCGGAACCGGUUCCACAAACACGUCGUUCACACAAUUCAAGAGAUGGUACGUGCAGCGACAGACGCGGUCAGAUGUGAUCAACAGAUAAUUGCGGCGUACAUCGACGCUGUCACAGCUACCCGCCCUGGUCUGAUGCGAGCAGACAUCGAUUACAGGGGAGAACAACUUGCCCAGCCAAGAGGCUUCCGCCACAAUACCUUUUUCCAAAACAUCCUCAGUGACAUCAUGACCAUCCACGGCCAAGGGGACACAGCAGAGGAAAGACCACGAGCGGAUGCCAUGGCCAAUGCCUGCGAGAGGGAAAUAACAAGGAACUACAGGCACAUUCUUUCCAACGCACAUCAGACCAUUCCAACGAGCAGCAGUAUCCGGUCGGGCAUGCCGAAUUCUAUGGGUCAGGUUGCCCUGAUUCUUGCGGACCAGCUGCAGACGCAUUUCCUGCGCAACACCGCCAAGCUGGUAGGGGAGGUGUGACGAAGUAACCCAGAGUGGAUGAACGGUGGAGGUGCACGCAUUAUCCGGUCUAUCGAUUUGGAGAAAAGGACGUCGAGCGAGCACGAUCAGAUCAGCGCUUUUUGAUCGAGAGGCACAUUGUGUCGGUGCUGGAAGUGCAGCGACAACUCCGU